GUUCCAGUAACUUUUAAUAUGUGGUGAGGGAGCUAAUUGUUGGUAAUUGUUCAUGUUACAAAGGGAUUUAUGCUGGGGGGCGGCCAAUCCAGGCAUGGACAGGAAAGAGCUUCUCGGAGAUAUGCAGGUCAAUCUGAGAGGAGCCAUGAAGAGACCUUCCAGAACAUUUUCCGUGGAUUUGACGAAGAGUUGAUGGCUGAGGCCUUCAACGUUCCAAGAGAGACUGUAAGGAGAAUGCGACAAGAUAGUAACAGAGGACUCAUUGUCAAGUGCCGAGAAGAUAUGAGAAUCAUGUCACCCGAUCAAGAGGAAGAGGAACAAAGCGAAUCUUCACCUCGGAACGGCUUGGAAGAAACUUUCUGCAACAUGAAAAUCAAACAGAACAUUGAACUCCAAAGAGAAGCCGAUGUUUACACUAAACAGGGAGGAAGAAUCUACAUUGCCAACCAGCAAAAGCUUCCUAUCCUCCAAUUCCUUGACAUGAGCGCUGAGAGAGGCCAUCUUAUGCCAAAUGCAUUGUACACGCCACACUGGUCCAUGACAGACAACAGAGUCGUCUACGCUCUCCGCGGUGAGUUGAACGCACAGGUUGUGGAUGAAAGAGGAAACACCAUAAUGAACGAGAGAGUAAGGCAAGGUGACAUGUUUGUGAUCCCUCAAUUCUAUGCUACAUUGAUGAGGGCAGGAAACAAUGGUUUUGAAUGGGUGUCAUUCAAAUCAAGCAGCCAGCCAAUGAAGAGUCCCGUGGCUGGUUCCAUUUCCGUGAUGAGGGCCAUGCCCGUUGAUGUCAUCUCCAACGCUUACCAGAUUUCCCCAAGAGAAGCUGAACAAUUGAAAAUGAACAGAGAUCCAGAGUCCAUGCUGCUGUCCCCUACCAGGACCUCAUCUUGAACAGAAUUUUUGUUCUGCUAGCUACUUCCUGUACUCCUAGGGCCACGACUACUAAGAAAUCCCUUCUUGUUUCCUUAGAGAAGGAUCCAUCAACCAAGAAGCUUCUGUAUAUUUUGUGGGCGAGUGUAAAAAUGCAUGUAAGCCUUCUUUUAUGAUCAAUAAAAGGUGGCCUUCUUUUAUGACAGCCUUCCAGUUCUACCUGGACCAUGGCUCAUAUAAUCUUUUUUCCCCUAACAUUGCCCAGGCUAACGAAGAACAAAUAGCCACUCAAAAUAUCGCAUAUCCUGAAAUGACAGAAUGGACCCCGCAGUACUAUUCUAAAAACGACGGCCAAGAGAACUUUCUGGUGCAAAUUACAGCAGCCAUUUCCCAGACAAUGAAUUUUGUGAUUUUUUUAUUUGAUCAAAUGAAAAAUGUAUGCUAGCUAAGCUUUCCCAGGCCACGUGAAAACCCUGGGAAGUUCGGACCC